ACCUCGCUUCGGAGUUGUGCAGAAAAACAUCAGCUUCUUUCCUGUGUGUGCAGGAUUUGGCAGCCCUUCGUAUAGAUGGUCCACAAAGACUCUCCUGAAUACAGAAUAACCUGAAAGGACCCAUUAUGGCUUGUGCUGUCGUGCAGUUUUUACUGAAAACCCAAAGCUUUAGGUUCCGGUGGACUCCCUUGACCGCAUCCUUCCGAUUCUCUAAAAAAGGCUACAGGGUAUUGGCCCCUCAGAAUUUUUUAAACUAUGAAUCCUUAAAACAACAGUACAAACCAGAGGUGCCAGAGUACUUCAAUUUUGCAACCGAUGUGCUGGACAAAUGGACUGAAAUGGAAAAGGAAGGAAAGAGGCCUACAAGGCUAGCCCUGUGGUGGGUAAACGAUAAAGGCGAUGAGGUGAGGUGGAGCUUUGAGGAGCUUGGAUUCCGCUCCAGAAAAGUGGCCAAUGUCCUCUCUGAGGUAUGUGGUCUGCAGAAGAGAGACAGAGUUAUGCUGAUUCUACCCCGGAUACCAGAAUGGUGGCUAGUAAAUGUGGCUUGUAUGCGAACAGGAACUAUCCUUAUUCCUGGGACAACACAGUUGACAGCAAAAGAUAUUCUCCAUAGAGUACAAACAUCAAAGGCAAAGUGUAUUAUCACUGAUGAUGUUUUGGCACCAGCUGUAGAUUGCAUUGUGUCCGAAUGCCAGUCUUUGAAAUUCAAGCUAAUUGUGUCAGAGGACCAGAGGGAAGGAUGGCUGAACUUUAAAGACCUAUUUACAAACGCUAAUGCUGAUCAUAGCUGUGUGACCACGAAGAAUCAAGAUCCAAUGACCAUCUUUUUUACCAGUGGAACAACAGGGUCUCCAAAAAUGACUGAACAUUCCCACAGUAGUUAUGGCAUUGGACUGACUGUAAAUGGAAGGUACUGGCUGGAUUUAACCUCCUCCGACAUACUCUGGAAUACAUCAGACACAGGCUGGGCAAAGUCAGCUUGGAGUAGCAUUUUUGCACCAUGGAUUCAGGGGGCAUGUGUGUUUGUACAUAGCAUGCCACGUUUUGACCCAACCACUGUCCUAGAUACUCUGUCCAGAUUUCCCAUCACAACCUUCUGUUCUGCUCCAACUGCUUAUCGACUGCUUGUGCAGCAUAAUCUGACUAGCUAUAAAUUCAAGAGCCUGCAGCACUGUGUGAGUGCAGGGGAGCCAAUCAACCCGGAAGUGAUGGAGCAGUGGAAAAGGCAAACCGGGCUGGAUAUCUAUGAAGGUUAUGGCCAGACAGAAACGGUGCUGGUUUGCGGAACUUUCAAGGGAAUGAAAAUUAAACCAGGUUCAAUGGGAAUGCCAUCUCCAGCAUAUGACGUUAAGAUUAUAGAUGAACACGGCAAUGCUCUGCCUCCUGGAGAAGAAGGAGAUAUCGCCAUCAAAGCAAAACCUACGAGACCUUUUUGUCUUUUCACUCAAUAUAUAGAUGAUCCAGAGAGAACUGACUCAACAUUACAAGGGAAUUUCUAUAUCACUGGGGACAGGGGGAUUGUAGAUGAAGAUGGAUACUUCUGGUUUGUUGGAAGAGAUGAUGAUGUCAUCAAUUCUGCUGGAUAUCGUAUUGGACCAUUUGAAGUAGAAAGUGCACUGAUAGAGCACCCAGCAGUAGUAGAAUCAGCUGUUGUCAGCAGCCCAGAUCCCAUCAGAGGAGAGGUGGUGAAAGCCUUUGUUGUUUUGGCAUCUGACUAUGUUUCACAUGAGCCAGAAAAACUGAUUGAAGAGCUACAGAACCACGUUAAAAAGGUCACUGCUCCAUACAAGUAUCCUAGAAAGGUGGAGUUUGUUCAACAGUUGCCAAAGACAGUCAGUGGGAAGAUCAGAAGAAAUGAAUUGCGCAAGCAGGAGUGGGGAAAAGCUUAG